AAAAAAAAGAAUUGUAUGUGCUUGUGUUGUGUAUUUUUUCUCAAUAAAAAACAUUGAAAUUGCGAAUAAAAACGAAAGAAAAUUUGAUACAUUAAUAAAAUACAUAAUUUUAAUGUUGUUUUUCAAUAAAAAAUAUAUAAUAAAAUGAAAUUAAAGAAAUAAUUUGAAAAAUACAAAAGAAAAUUGUAGGCUAAACAACAAGAAGAGAAAAUUUUCAAAAGAAAGGUGUGCCAGCAGUGUCUGCUUUUCACUACAUAAAAAACCUUUAAAAUCGAAUUGGAAAGUGUUGUGUUGUGUUUUGUGUGAAUUAAGUAUUCUUGUCUAGUUGGCGUAAAACUAAAAUAAAAAGCGUGAAUUUCCAAGAUACACAACAUAGCUCUAUCUACCCAUCGUAUCUGCAUAGUAUGAAUUUGCAACAAUACAAGUUAAAAUCUUGAGUUGUGGGUCUGGUUGGUUGGUGGCUUGCAUACGCCACACAGCGAAUAAAUUAAAAUCGAACAAAAUUUCUAUGUGACAUUUGACCACACGCACCGAAUCGUUGUUGUUCUUGUUAAUUUCUAGGCAAAUAUACAAUAACAACAAUACUCUUGAUUUUCAGUUUCAGAUGCUGUAGUAGUGAUGCAAGUGGGCGUUUAACGAAGACAAACAUAGAAAAAAAUCACUGUUUUGCAUUUUAUCUAUUAUAUAGUUUCGUUAAAAACUAAAAUAGUUGUAGGGUAUUUUAAAUAAAGCAAAAAAAAAAAAAUCAACAAUAAAAGCAGAAAACAAGAAAAAAAUUAAAAAGGCAUUGUUUGAUGACCUUGUAAUUGCGCAUACAUACCAUACACAUUUUUAAUACAACAACACAUUAUAUGUAUUAAAUAAUAAAAUAUAAAAAAGCUAAACUAAAAGUGGCCCAUGUUAUUAUUUUCACUUUUCGUAAUUACAAAAUCUAAAAAGGCAAAGAAAUAAUAACAACAAAAACAAGCAAAACAUCUUUUUUGCCAAACGAUGAACAGAAAUAAAAUAAAAUUAUUUUGAUGCAUUAAUAAUGUCUUAUAAGAAUACGUAAACAAUUAACUAAAAAAGGGCUGAAAAAAGAGAGAGUGUGUCAAAAAACAGCCUGAAAUAGAGAGAGGGCAAUAAAAGCAAACCAGUGCGUGACAGUUUAUAUUGUCAGUUUUUUCUAUUUUGUUAUUGUUUAUUAUCAAAUCACAGCCACCAAACUAUUACAAAAGAAAAGAAAAUACAACUCGAAUAACUUCGAAUAAUAAUUUAUAAUUAAAAAUUAAAAAAAAAAGAAUUGGGAAAUCUCUUGAAUAAAAAUGAGUGUCUUUAAUGAUUUUCAACGCUUGUGGAUGGAACGUUUUCCACAAAGCUCUCUAUCGGAUGCCUGGGAGCAAGAUGUUCGUGCUAGUCUAGAACGUCACAAGUUAAAAAUAGCUGAACUUACCAAAGAACUGGAACAGGAGACAUUAUAUGUUGAAUAUUUGGAACGUUUAUUGUCUGAUGUUGAGAAAUAUCGUGAAUCGGGUGGUGAUCCCACAACGCUCUUCGAAGCAGCUACAAAUUCUGAAGGUGCCAAACAACAAUCAUCAUCACAUCCUGCAGAUUCUACUGCGGAUGGUGAAAAUGGUGAAGGUCAUACUGCAGCAGUAGGAGAUCGUAAUUCGAAAUCAAGUUUGAAUUUAAGGGAAUCUAAAAAUGGAAAUAAAGAACAACAGACUAAUAGAUUGUCACUGAAUACCGAUAAUAAAUAUGCGGCUGCCGUUACGACCACCAACAGCACAACAACAGCGAAUAGUCAAUACGGCAGUAACAAUGGCAAUAAAUCGAGUGCGUCUAAAAAUAAUCUUCCAACAACAGCUUCCACAGAGGAGAGAAAUAGCGAAAAAGAAGACAAAGAUGUAGGCACCGAAAAGGAUAAACGCAACAGUGAUAAGAAUGGUGCAUUACAUCAGUGUAUCAGCGAAUUGGCUGCAUCUAUCGCUUCGAAUGAAGAUAAUUCCGAUAAUAAUGGUGUAACAACAAAAUCAAUUCCCGAAAGGCCACCAAAAGCAACAUCACAUUUUGUAACAGUCAUAGAGGUGAAAGAGAAUAAAACGGAUCAGGGUAAUAAUUCGUCUGUGUCAUUGGAGCAAAAUGCAGAUAGUGCUGGAGGAGAUUGUGGAAAUAUGAUGGCACCCUCCACGUUUAGUAGUUUUGAACGUAAACCCUCAGCUCCACCAUUAUCACCGUCAUUGGCUUCACCUUCACUUACGGCUUCUUCACAUGCUCUACUGGAUGCCAAGAAAAAAAUGCCACCAAGACCCCCACCCAAAAUCAUGCGGCGUGUUGAACCUCCCAUUGUACCAGGUUCUAUACUUUCUUCAUCGCCCAAACGUGACUCACCCUUUGUGGGAAGUACCAUUCCUUUGCCAUCUAGCUCUGGUAGCUUAUCAUCAUCCGAAAGUCCGGCAAAUUCUUUGGAGCGCAAUAUCAAACCAUCCGAUAUAUUGCGACAAAAAUCUUCAGAGUCUUCGGAGGGAAAAGCGUUUGCCCAAAAUCGCAAAACUACACCAGAAAUGAACAAAUUUUUAAACAACACAGAGUUUUUAGAAGAACUGGGUAAUAAGAUCAAUAAAACAGAGAGUAUGGAAAAAGCCAAGCGACCUGACCUCAAUUACACACACAGCCCGACUGGCAGCUUGGGUCGAACACAACAAGCACCACAAUCUAGCGGUGCAAUGGCAAGCGCAACAACUCGCUCUCAACACAUUUCACAACCAAGACCAGUUGUCAAUCCAAUGACUGGCUCCUCGCCAACUAGCAGCCUAAGUAAAAGUGUGAAACUUACAGCAGCUGACAGCUCUUCAACUGGUAGUUUAGAUAAAAAAUUAAGAACAUCACUACAGCCAGGUGAUGCUGAAAUUGUUGGUCAACAGGGUCGUACAAUAGGCUCGAAGGAGUCUCUAUCUUCACAAGGCAUAUCCGAAAUUAUCAAAAGCUAUGAAUCAGUAUCUUCUCUAAGUUCAGACAGUGCUAGAGCCAAUCAAAUGGCCGAUAACGAACAGGAACACUUGUAUGACACCGUGCCUCUCGAUAAUGGUGAUGAUGAAUAUGUCUAUAUUAAACCUGGCCGCACUGGCUCCUCUUCUAGUCGUGACGAUUUAUCAACACCAGGCAGCAUCAUACCCAUGAGUACUCAUGGACAUUUGAGUAGUCAAACUAGUGUAACAGAUCCUGAAUCUCCAGGACGUUCUUCCAAUUAUGCCAAUAUUAAUUAUUUCAUACAGAAAAAUAACGAAACACGUUCCAGUUCUGUGGACAGCGAUGGAGAGUAUGAGAGUGGUGGUAUGCCUAUAAUGCGUACUAUAUCACAAGAUGAUCAUAAUAUACAAACACCGGGAGCAUUAAGAAAGGUAUCGGGUAGUCAGCGUGGUAAUAAAAUACGUUCCAUAUUGAGUACAAUCAUACAAAGUGAAACGAUUUAUGUGGCUUGUUUAAAUACCAUGAUACAAUAUAAGAAAGCCAUACAUGCCACAUUGGGCACCUCCCAGCCCGUCAUUAAGGAGGAUGAAGAGAAUACAAUAUUCUUUAAGAUCGAUGAGCUAUACGAUGCACACUCGUUGUUUUUGAGUGAUUUAAAAUCGUUGGUAGCUCAUGAGGGUGGCGAUGUGCUUAUUGGUGAAACAUUUAAACGUUUAGCGGAAAUGUUUGACCUGUACAGUGCAUUUCUCCACAACUAUAAUCAGGCCAUAGAGACGGUGAAGAAAUGCAGUGCUAAUAAUCCGCAAUUCAAGAAGAUUGUCUCUACAAUUGUCUUGAAUUUGCAGACUGAGCAAUCGCUAACUCUCGAAGAUCUACUACACAAGCCGGUGGCUCGCGUACAAAUCAAUGCUUUGGUUUUCAACGAUCUUUUGGAUUGCACGCCACAAAAUCAUCCAGAUCAUCAUCCUCUUAAGCAGGCUCACGAUACCAUCCAUAGAUUCUUAAAACAAUUCAAUGUGGUCAAUCAAAAGUUGCCCACAGAAUCCAAUAAGAAUUUAAGACGCAUGGUAAAGAAUUCAUUUAUUGUUGAGCUAGUGGAUGGUCAUCGUAAAUUGCGCCAUUUGUUUCUGUUCAAUGAUGUUAUUGCAUGUGCCAAAUAUAAGGCUUCUGGCCGUGAUCGUAUAGAUUAUGAACUGAAAUGGUUUAUACCCUUAAAAGAUGUUGCCGUAUUCGAGGAGUCGGAUGCUAGUGCAGAACUUAAAGAAUCUAGUCCAGCCAAUAUAUUGCAGCUAAAGACACAGGCUUGUACUGUACGUGAUCAAUUGUUAUUGGAGGAGAAAGAUGAUAAGUCGCGUAAACCAAAUGGCUUAAGAGGUGGUGAAAAGUAUCGUCGAAAAUUGGCAGAUUUAGAAUCACAAUUAGUGUUGGCUUCUCCCAAUUUAGUAUUUCGCAUUGCCAACAAGGCCACCAAUAAGACGGUGACCUUCUUCUUAAGUUCAGAUUUCGAGCGUACUCAAUGGAUAGACUCCAUUUUAAGUUUGCAGCAACAAUGUAAUAUACCCGGCACUAGUACUAUAAAUGCUCUUGAAAUUCAUGCCUUUAUAGUGGCCAUGCAAAAGAGCAUGAAAACCGAAAUGGGUUCUUACCUAAUGCGCAAUACUAAUGAUGAAAGUCUCUUAGUGGGUGAUCUACACAUGACGGUGCAUAAUCUUAGCGGUUUAGACCAACCGGCUGAUUUAUAUAUUUCAAUAGAAGUGGAUUCAUAUGGUCAUUAUUUCCGCAAAGCUGCCACCAAAAUGAUAUGUCGCUCCAUUAAUCCCAUGUGGAAUGAAAGUUUUGUAGUCGAACUGGAGGGCAGUCAAAAUGUACGCAUACUAUUGUAUGCUCUACAAGAACGGCCCAUAUUAAGAGCUAAACAUGUUAUAAAGUUGAGCCGCAGUUGGCUAAAGGAAACACCACAAGGUCGUGUCCUUAAAUUGGGUGAUAAUUUAACAUUAAAUACCACUUUACAUUUUGUACCUGGCGAAGUGACAUUGCGGCGAGUGCCUACCUCUAAACCGGGAGCUUUAUUUGGUGCCAAAAUGCAACAAGUUUUAAAACGAGAAAAACGUGACAUUCCAUUUAUAAUAAGUGCCUGCAUACGAGAAGUUGAAAAACGUGGUAUGUCUGAAGUGGGUAUUUAUCGUGUUAGUGGUUCUGCUUCCGAUUUAGCUAAACUAAAGAAAUCUUUUGAAACAAAUGCCUAUGAAGCUGAACAAUUGCUAAAAGAUGUUGAUAUACACUCUGUUACCGGCAUUUUAAAAUCUUAUUUGCGAGAAUUACCCGAAGCCUUAUUCACCGAUGUUUUAUAUCCGAAAUUCUUUGAAACCUUUAGUCGUUUUAGCAACAACAAUGAAGUCGAACGCAUCAACGAACUUUUACAAGUAUUCGAAGAAUUACCCCAGGCCAAUAAGGCUUCUAUUAAUCACAUAUUAGAUCAUUUAAUAAGAGUGCACAACAGAGAAGUCGAUAAUAAAAUGUCUCUGCACAAUCUAGCCAUGGUAUUUGGUCCCACUCUAUUGCGGCCAGGAGCAACGCAAACAAAACAAAAAGACUUACUGGCAUCCGGUACAGUUGAUGUGAUGGCACAGGCCGGUAUACUCUAUUGUUUUCUACAGGCUCGUAUGCAACAUGAAAAAGAUGCCGGAAAUAUGUAAAAGUAAAUCUUUAACACACUUAGUGUAAGACUGUAAUAAGUUCACUCUAUACCAGCACAUAAGCAACUAGCUAAACACUAAAGUGUAUACAUUCAAGUGUCCAAAAGAGUUAGUUGGAUAGCCAAGAGUGAAUGGUUAAUGGGUCAUAUUUUGUUUAUUAAAAAAAAAAAGAGAAAGUAGAAAUAAUAUAAUUAUUCCAUAGCUCAAGUAAUACUAACAGGUUAAUAAUUAUAUAGAAAAUACGAUAUUUUUAUAUAUAUACACCUACAUACAACAUACAUCUAUAUAUAAAUAUAUAUUUUAUGCAUUUUAUGUAAAUAUAACUAACACAUAUACACCUACAUUUAUAUACAUACAUAUAAAUCUAAUUCUAAACUAAUUAAACUCUUAAACAUUAACAUUUUGAAUGUUAAUGCUGUUAAAUCAGUUCAAGCAACAACAUUAAUUAAUUAAUAGAACUUUAAUGCUUUAAAACUGAUUCCUCCUAAAAUAACAAAUCUAAUCAAAAGAAUUAUAUACAAGAAAAUUGUGUUAAUUAAAGCAACAAAAGCAAACAAUUUGGUAGUAAAACAACAAAAAAAAAACACAAAAAUCAACUUAAAUAGUAGAGUUUCCUGCUUAUUUUCCUGAACUUGCAAGUUACAUUUAUAAUUAAAAACUUAUUAUAAUUACAAUUAUCAUACAAUAUAUUACCGCCCUUUAAUUAUAUUCUAUUCUACUAUAUACAUUUAAAAAUUUAAUUAUUAUGAUUAUUAUUAUAAAUAUUAUUAUUAUUAGUAUUAGUAUUACUUUAAUAUACACAAUAUACUGCUAAUGAUUUAUGGUAGAGACAUAAAUCGAUACUCGUUUAAACGAUCGUUCGUUGGUUCGUAUUGUAUGUAUUUUAUUUCAUCUCAAACAUAAUAAUAAAUACAUCUAAAUAAACUACUUAAUAUUAUUGCUUAUUGACAAACACACAAAAACAAAAAACAAAAAAUAUAUUAAUAAUAUUGUAAAACAAUAAACACUUUAUUGUAACUAUUGCAAAUGUUGAAAAAAAGAAAAACAAACGAUAUUCUUUAAACUAUUAUCACAUUUAAAUUUAUGCAAAAAAAAAAAAAAAAAAAAGAAA